CACAAGAAUUUAUUUGAUUUUUUUUUUUUUUUUGACUUAGAAUUAAUUUGAUUAAGUUUAGAAAAAUUGUGGAGAGAAAAGAGGGAUAUAGUUAGUUGUGACGAGUGUAACCACCUUCUGCCUUUUGGGUUUAUUCAUGGCGCUUGCGACACCUAACAAUCUGCCACUCCUUCCAAAUAUGGAAAAUUCUGUCAAAACUCUAAUUCUACCCAAUUGAGAUCCCUUUUUUCCCCAUUUUUUUUUUUAUAACCCCUCUUCUCCAAACAAUCAACUUUUUUAAUAAGAUAUUAGUGGGAAAUGAGUUCUUCUGGGGAAGGUCGCAAGGAAGGGUGUACUGAGUCUUCCCAUAAAAAGAACUCCAAACGGCCUAAAUAUUCUAGGUUCACGCAACAAGAGCUUCCAGCAUGCAAACCUAUUCUAACACCACCAUGGGCUAUAGCAAUAUUUGUUGCUGUUGGAAUUAUCUUUAUUCCUAUUGGGCUUGUUUCUUUGUCUGCAUCAGAACACGUUGUGGAGAUUGAGCAGCAAUAUGAUGCAGAUUGUAUUCCUACUGAUUAUAGAAAUGAUAAAGUUGGCUAUAUUCAGAGUGUUACCACUAACAAAACAUGUAUUUUAAGAUUGACUGUUCCAAAGCAAAUGAAAAGUCCUAUUUAUGUUUAUUAUCAGCUUGAGAACUUCUAUCAAAACCAUCGUCGAUAUGUAAAAAGCAGAAAUGACAAACAAUUGAGAAGCAAGGCUCACGAACAGUCAACGAGUGGAUGUGAUCCAGAAGCAACCUUGGCCAGCCCAGACAAAGCUGUUAUUGUUCCCUGUGGUCUUAUUGCUUGGAGUUUGUUCAAUGAUACGUUCCAGUUUUCUUAUGACUCAAAGUUGGUUGAUGUAAGCAAGAAAAAUAUAGCCUGGGAUAGUGAUCGUAAGCACAAGUUUGGAUCUGAUGUCUAUCCCCAAAAUUUCCAAAGCGGAGGCCUUAUAGGGGGUGGCCAACUCAAUGCCAGCAUGCCUCUUAAUGAACAAGAAAAUCUUAUUGUAUGGAUGCGAACUGCAGCACUUCCAACAUUUAGGAAGCUAUAUGGGAAGAUAGAGCAGGAUCUGUAUGCUAAUCAGGAGUUAUCUAUCACUGUACAGAAUAAUUACAAUACAUAUAGCUUUGGAGGCAAAAAGAGUUUGGUCCUUUCUACUACAAGCUGGAUUGGCGGGAAGAACGACUUCCUUGGUGUAGGAUAUCUCACUGUUGGUGGUCUGUCCUUAUCCUUUGCAGUAGGAUUUAUACUGGUUUAUAUCCUCAAGCCAAGGACAAUCGGAGAUCCCUCGUAUCUAUCUUGGAACAGAAAUCCAGCAGGACACUUGACUACUUAAUCAGUUCUGUUUCGCUACUCUAUUUAUUUGUAUUGGUUGCAAACUUUAGAAUAUCUUAAUGGCUCGAGUAUGAUUUUAUAUAAUUUUUUGAUGAGAUAAUAUAUCUUAUAAUAUAUUUAAAUCAUUCUUUUUGGAGGUUUUGUGGUCAUCCUUUUGUGUCCUAAGCGAAUAUUUUGUAUGUAAUUAUGGUCUGAAGAGUAAAGGCAUCACUGGCCAUAGUUUGUUAGAGAGUACUCUACGUUUCCAGUGCAGCAUUAAGGAGGAUUUGUUGAUACAGAAAUCUGAUUAU